UUCAAGCUCCAGCUCCGAACCGGCCCUGAAACACCGUUGGUGUGAAUGAGCAGGUGGUUGUGUGUGUGUGAAGGUGUGAGCUCUGCUAUGAAUCCCUGUGAGGACACUGAACCCGCUCUGAGUGGGGACCCUGAACGCCUCACCAAAGCUCAGAGCCCAGAGCAGCAGCAUGGACCUGGACCUGGACCUGGACCUGGACCUGGACCUGGACCUGGACCUGGACCUGGACCUGGACCUGGACCUGGACCUGGACCUGGACCUGGACCUGGACCUGGACCUGGACCUGGACCUGGACCUGGACCUGGACCUGGACCUGGACCUGGACCCAGCUGUGUGUCCAUGAAGAGUAACCAGUCUAUCGGUGCACCAAUCUAUUUUAAAGGCAGACCUUCAGAGACAGAGAGGAGGCUGGAGGAACCUGAACACAGCUGUGUGUCCAUGAAGAGUGACUGGUCUAUGGACAAACCUAUUCACUUCAAAGAUGGACGACACUCUGCUGGUCAAAGAGAGGACCAGCAGAGCUCAGAGGCUCCCAGAGGUCAGUCUGCCCAGCAGCAUCAGACACAGCUGGACUCCACAUUUAUGCUGCUGGAGGACAACAUCAUCACUUUUGUGAAGAACGAGCUGAAGAAGAUCCAGAAGGCUCUGAGUUCAGAUUACCCAGAAUGCUUAGAGAGUCAGAGGGAGGAUGAGGAGGUGUUGGACGGUGAGGAUGAAGAGCAGAGGAGGAGCAGCAGAGAGGCAUUUCUGAACAUCUCACUGCACUUCCUGAGGAGCAUGAAGCAGGAGGAGCUGGCUGACCGUCUGCAGAGCAGAAGUCGUUCUGGAGUGUGUCAGCGUAAACUUAAGUCUAACCUGCAGAAGAGGUUCCAGUGUGUGUUUGAGGGUAUUGCUAAAGCAGGAAACCCAACCCUUCUGAACCAGAUCUACACAGAGCUCUACAUCACAGAGGGGGGGUCUGCAGAGGUCAAUGCUGAACAUGAGGUCAGACAGAUUGAAACAGCAUCCAGGAAACCAGACAGACCAGAAACACCCAUCAGACAAGAAGACCUCUUUAAAGCCUCACCUGGAAGAGAUGCACCAAUCAGAGCAGUGCUGACAAAGGGAGUGGCUGGCAUUGGGAAAACAGUCUUAACACAGAAGUUCACUCUGGACUGGGCUGAAGGCAAAGCCAACCAGGACAUCCUGUUCAUAUUUCCAUUCACCUUCAGAGAGCUGAACGUGGUGAGAGAGAACAAGUACAGCUUGGUGGAACUCGUUCAUCACUUCUUCCCUGAAACCAGAGACGCAGGAAUCUGCAGGUUUGAUCAGUUCCCGGUUGUGUUCAUCUUUGACGGUCUGGAUGAGUGUCGACUUCCUCUGGACUUCCUCAACACUGAGAUCCUGACUGAUGUCACAGAGUCCACCUCAGUGGAUGUGCUGCUGACAAACCUCAUCCGGGGGAAGCUGCUUCCCUCUGCUCGCCUCUGGAUAACCACACGACCUGCAGCAGCCAAUCAGAUCCCUCCUGAGUGUGUGGACAUGGUGACAGAGGUCCGAGGGUUCACUGACCCACAGAAGGAGGAGUACUUCAGGAAGAGAUUCAGAGAUCAGGAGCAGGCCGGCACCAUCAUCUCCCACAUCAAGACCUCACGAAGCCUCCACAUCAUGUGCCACAUCCCAGUCUUCUGCUGGAUCUCUGCUUCAGUUCUGGAGGAGGUGUUGAAAACCAGAGAGGGAGGAGAGCUGCCCAAGACCCUGACUGAGAUGUACAUCCACUUCCUGGUGGUUCAGUCCAAAGUGAAGAACGUCAAGUAUGAUGGAGGAGCUGAGACAGAUCCACACUGGAGUCCAAAGAGCAGGAAGAUGAUGAAGUCUCUGGGGAAACUGGCUUUUGAGCAGCUGCAGAAAGGCAACCUGAUCUUCUAUGAGUCCGACCUGACAGAGUGUGGCAUCGAUAUCAGAGCAGCCUCAGUGUACUCAGGAGUGUUCACACAGGUCUUUAGAGAGGAGAGAGGACUGUACCAGGACAAGGUGUUCUGCUUCGUCCAUCUGAGCGUUCAGGAGUUUCUGGCUGCUCUUCAUGUCCAUCGGAAAUAUAUCAACUCUCGUAUCAACCUGCUGGCAGAAGAACCAACAACCACCAGGCUGCUUAAAGUCUUAAGACCCAAACCUAAACUAACACACCUCUACCAGAGUGCUGUGGACCAGGCCUUACAGAGUCCAAACGGACACCUGGACUUGUUCCUCCGCUUCCUCCUGGGUCUUUCACUGGAGACCAAUCAGAAACUCCUCCGUGGCCUGCUGACAGAAACAGGAAGUAGCUCAGAGACCAACAAGGAAACAGUCCAGUACAUCAAGAAGAAGAUGGAUGAGGAUCUGUCUCCAGAGAGAAGCAUCAACCUGUUCCACUGUCUGAAUGAACUGAAUGAUCGUUCUCUAGUGGAGCAGAUCCAACAGUCCCUGAGUUCAGGAAGUCUCUCCACAGAUAAUCUGUCUCCUGCUCAGUGGUCAGCUCUGGUCUUCAUCUUACUGUCAUCAGAAGAAGAUCUGGACGUGUUUGACCUGAAGAAAUACUCUGCUUCAGAGGAGGCUCUUCUGAGGCUGCUGCCAGUGGUCAAAGCCUCCAGGAAGACUCUACUGAGUGGCUGUAACCUGUCAGAGAGAAGCUGUGCAGCUCUGUCCUCAGUCCUCAGCUCCCAGUCCUCUAGUCUGAGAGAGCUGGACCUGAGUAACAACGACAUGCAGGAUUCAGGAGUGAAGCUGCUGUCUGCUGGACUGGAGAGUCCACACUGUACUCUGGAGACUCUCAGUCUGUCAGGCUGUCUGGUCUCAGAGGAAGGCUGUGUUUCUCUGGCUUCAGCUCUGAGAUCCAACCCCUCCCAUCUGAGAGAGCUGGACCUGAGCUACAAUCAUCCAGGAGACUCAGGAGAGAAGCUGCUGUCUGCUGGACUGGAGGAUCCUCUCUGGAGACUGGACACGCUCAGGGUGGAGCCUGCUGGAGUCCGAUGGCUGAGACCCGGUCUGAGGAAGUAUUCCUGUGAACUCUCACUCGACACAAACACAGCUCACAGGAACCUCAAACUGUCUGAGGACAACAGGAAGGUGACAUGUGUGGAGGAGAAGCAGCCAUAUCCUGAUCAUCCAGAGAGGUUUGAUGGCUGGCAUCAGCUGAUGUGCAGAGAAGCUCUGACUGGUCGCUGUUACUGGGAGGUCGAGUGGAGAGGAAGGGUUGAUAUAUCAGUGACUUACAGAGGAAUCAGGAGGAGAGGAAACGGAGAUGACUGUGUGUUUGGAUGGAAUGAUCAGUCCUGGAGUCUGAGAUGCUCUGAUGAUCGUUACUCUGUCUGUCACAAUAACAGAGAAACACACAUCUCUUCCUCCUCCUCCUCCUCCUCCUCCUCCUCCUCCUCCUCCUCCUCCUCCUCCUCCUCUGGUAGAGUAGCAGUGUAUCUGGAUCAUCCUGCUGGCUCUCUCUCCUUCUACAGAGUCUCCUCUGACACACUGACCCACCUCCACACCUUCAGAACCACAUCCACUGAACCUCUCUAUGCUGGGUUCUGGUUCAGCUCUGGUUCCUCAGUGUCUCUGGUUCCUCUGUAGGAGGAAGAGUCCCCUCCUGUUCCAGAGACUUCCUCCCUGCUGCCCAGAGAGUUCAGUCUGUUCAGGAUCACAGCUGAUAAAUAAUUGUAACCGUGUUGUACUUAUUAUGUGUUUUCACUUAUUGUGAUUCUUUAUUAUUAAUAAUGUCUUCCUUCUUUGUUAUAUUUGAAUAUACAGUCUACUCUUUUCACUUUAUCUGCACUUUACUUCUUUUGAUUUCCACUUUUUGGGACGAAUAAAGGAAUUCUGAUUCUGAAAAUAUGCUUUGCUUCAGAUUCAAUAUCUUCGCUGUGAUUCAGGAAAGUGCUACAAACAUCACUUCACACAAAAAUACAGAUAGAAAUCAAACAAUCCAAUAUAUACUAAAGGACAGUAAACCAAAAACAUUGUUUAAAACAGGAGAGAUUACAAAAUAUGCAUGAAUAAAUAAAUGUUAAGGUAAAAUAAGAUAUGAAUGAACAACCUCAGACCCAGUGCCUGGAUACGGGUCCAGGUGCCUGGAUACGGGUCCAGGUUCUUGCUGUGCGGACUGAGGCUGGGAAAAGGAGUCUUUUUUCAUUCUGGUCCUUGGUCUUGGAAUGACCUUCAAUCACACCUCAAACUGACCGCACUUGUCUCAAUAGCAUGUUUUAGAUUGAAGUUGUCUGAAGUCCUUACCACCAGCUGCUCUUGCAGUAAUAAGUCGUGCACCUU